ACCCGUCAACUCGGCCAUUUUGCAUAAAUCUCGCAGGCCACACGUAAGCGAGCCGAAGAUUUAAACAAUUUUCAGCAGCUCCAGGUCUCAGAACCGUCCAGACCUGUUAACAAAAUCAACUUCAAGUGCCGCCGCAAGUAAUUCAAGCAAUCGAAAAUGGCUCGGUACACGCAACGCCCGGAAAAUGCUCUAAAAAGAGCCAAUGAGUUCAUCGAGGUGGGCAAGCCUCUAAGGGCGCUGGACACUCUGCAGGAAGUGUUCCGGAACAAGCGAUGGAACUACGCCUACUCGGAGACGGUCAUUGAGCCGCUCAUGUUCAAGUACCUGUACCUGUGCGUGGAGCUCAAGAAGUCUCACAUCGCCAAGGAGGGCCUUUUCCAGUACCGGAACAUGUUCCAGCUGGUUAACGUGAACUCAUUGGAGAACGUGAUCCGCGGUUACCUGAAGAUGGCGGAGGAGCACACUGAGGCCGCCCAGGCGCAGUCCUCAGCGGCCGUAGCCGUUUUGGAGCUGGAUGACUUGGACAAUAUCGCCACGCCCGAAAGCAUUCUGAUGAGCGCUGUGUGCGGUGAGGACGCCCAGGACCGCUCGGACCGUACCAUCCUGCUGCCGUGGGUCAAGUUCCUCUGGGAGUCCUACUGCCAGUGCCUGGAGCUGCUCCGCGUCAACACCCACUGCGAGGCGCUAUACCACGACAUCGCCCGGAUGGCCUUCCAGUUCUGCCUCAAGUAUAACCGCAAGAGCGAGUUCCGGCGCCUGUGCGACAAGCUGCGCAAGCACUUGGAGGACAUCUGCAAGAGCAGCAACCAGACAACCGGCGUCUCGAUCAACAAGGUGGAGACUCAGCAGCUCUGCCUGGAUACCAGGCUAUACCUGCUCGACUCCGCCAUCCAGAUGGAGCUGUGGCAGGAGGCCUACAAGGCAAUCGAGGACAUCCACGGCCUGAUGGCCCUGUCCAAGAAAACACCCGUGCCUAAGACCAUGGCAAACUACUACCAGAAGCUGGCCAUGGUCUUCAGCAAGGCGGGUAAUCAGCUCUUUCACGCUGCAGCCCUGCUGAAGCUCUUUCAGCUGACGCGCGAGCUCAAGAAGAAUCUGACCAAGGACGACCUGCAGCGCAUGGCUGCCCACGUCCUCCUGGCCACUCUGUCUAUACCGCUGCCCUCGGCCCAUCCAGAGUUCGACCGGUUCAUCGAGGCGGACAAGAGCCCUCUAGAAAAGGCCCAGAAGCUGGCUGUGCUCCUUGGCCUGCCGCAGCCGCCCACCCGGGUGUCGCUUAUUCGCGAAGUGGUGCGCCUAAAUGUUCCCCAACUUGUGUCGGAGGACUUCCGCAAUUUGUAUAACUGGCUGGAGGUGGACUUCAACCCAUUGAACCUGUGCAAGCGCAUUCAGUCUAUUGUUGAUGUCAUUGAGGGCGGUCCCGAGAACACUUUGCUCACUCCCUACAUUCAGUCACUAAAGGACGUGACCAUUAUGCGUCUGAUUCGUCAGAUCUCUCAGGUCUAUGAGAGUAUACAGUUUCAGCGUCUGUUGCAGCUAGCCAGCUUCUGCAACAUUUUUGAGCUGGAAAAGCUGCUUGUUGAGUCUGUGCGUCACAACGACAUGCAGAUUCGGAUUGACCACCAGAAAAACAGCAUCUACUUUGGCACUGAUCUGACCGAGAGCCAGCGCGAGUACCGUCCCGACGGGCCCGCACUGCAGUCUAUGCCGUCGGAGCAAAUCCGUUCCCAGCUGGUUAACAUGUCUACCGUGUUGACCAGAGCCGUUUCUAUCGUCUAUCCGAACCGUGAACGUGAUCAACGGGCCAAGCUCCGAACCCAGAUGGUGCACCACUACCACGAGAUCAAAGAUCGCGAGCACCAGCGAAUUCUUCAGCGCCAGAAAAUCAUCGAGGACCGAAAGGAGUACAUUGAGAAGCAGAACAAUGCGCGCGAGGAAGAGGAGGCUAGGCGUCAGGAAGAGGAAUCGCGCAAGGCCAAACUGGCUGAGCAAAAGCGCCUCGAGCAGGAGCAGGAAGAGCGGGAACGUAAGCGCCACCAGAACGAGAUCCAAGCAAUCCGGGAGAAGAGUCUAAAGGAGAAGGUGCAGCAAAUCUCGCAAACGGCCCACGGAAAGAAGAUGCUUUCUAAGCUAGACGAGGAAGGCAUCAAGAAAUUGGACGCUGAACAGAUCGCUAAACGGGAGAGCGAGGAACUGCAGCGUGAGGCCAAGGAACUGCAGUCGAAGCUCAAAUCGCAGGAGAAGAAAAUCGACUAUUUCGAGCGUGCCAAACGCCUGGAGGAGAUUCCACUUUUCGAGAAAUACUUGGCAGAAAAACAGGUUAAGGACAAAGAGUUCUGGGAGGCCACCGAGAAGACACGCAUUGAGAAUGCAAUCACCGAACGGAAGGACGCCGUCAGCCAGCAGGAGCGCCUCAAGCGCAUGUAUCCCGACCGAGAUGAAUUCCUUGAAGCCCUCAAAAAGGAACGUGCUUCCCUCUACGUUGAAAAGCUUAAGAAGUUUGAGAUUGCCCUGGAGGUGGAGCGCAAAAAACGCCUGGCCGACCGUGUUAUUAGGCGCCGCGAGGAGCGCCGCCAGGCUUUUAUUCGCGAAAAGGAGGAGGAGCGUCUCCGCAAGGAGGAGGAGAUUCGCUUGGCGCAGGCUGCCGAGGAACGCGCCGCAGCAGAGGCCCGGCGUUUGGAGCGUGAGGCCGAGGACGAGAAGCGGCGCGCCCAGUACGAAAAGCAGCGCGCCAAGGAGGAAGAGGCCGAGCGCAAAAUAAAGGAAGACCGUGAACGUCUGGCCCGCGAGGUGGCGGUGGAGCGCGAACGCUCCGAAAAGGAACGCGAUACCUGGCGUCCCCGUGGCAGUGAUCGUCCAAGUGCUUCUGCCGGAGGAGCCGGGGAGUGGCGUCGUGCUGCACCUUCGGCCAGCGAUCGCAACGAGCGUGGUGGAGAACGCAUCGAGCGUGGAGGCGAUCGUAGCGAGCGUGGUAGCGAACGUAUCGAGCGUGGAGGAGAGCGCAACGAGCGUGGAGGGGAGCGCAUCGAGCGCGGAGACCGCAUCGAACGUGGUGGAGACCGUGACCGCAAGGACAACGAAGGAGGAGACUCCUCGUGGCGUGUACGACGGGAGCCGGAUUCCCAGCGUGCUGCUCUGCCCAAGGACAGUGGCGCUCCCCAAUCGCGGGAUGAUAAGUGGCGUCGAGGAGGGGAACGCGACCGCGACUUCCGCAACGACGGACCUCGUCGCGAUAGGGAUGAUGUACCUCGCCGUGAGCGUGAGGAUGGACCGCGCCGGGAACGGGAUGAUGACCGCGGUGGAUUCCGUCGCAACGAAGGGCCACGUCGUACCGAGGAGCCUCAGCGCGAGACUGGCGGAAACUGGCGCGACGCACCACGUCAGGGUGAUCGGGAAAAUCGUCGUCCAGCUGGCGAAAGGCGCGAUCGAGAUGUGCGCGAAACACGGGGCGAUUUGCGCGGACCUGCUCCUAAAGAAGCAGCCAGUGGCGGUGGAGGCGGCAACUGGCGUACGGCUCCUGCACCUCGCGACGAAAAGCCCGCAGCCAAGCGUGACCAACCCCAGGACAAGGAAAACAAAGCCGGUGAUGAUGGCGAAUGGACCAGCGUUAAGCGUCGUUAAACUUCUUCGGAGCUUGAUGCGUAGUUGCCCGCAUUUUCGUAUACACGCAACAUAAAUAAUCUUCAUAAGUUUUCAUUUUAUCCGAUUUGUACUUCAUACAUCUAUCCAAUUCGUGCCAGAUAGUUAAAAAUGAGUUGGUCGCUAACCUUUACUUUUGAAAGUACUAUCGAAUAAAAUAACCAAGUUCUAAAUA